AAGUAUGAAACCGUGGUUGGAGAAAGGGGGGCACAGCUGAGUGGAGGCCAGAAGCAAAGAAUAGCAAUUGCCCGAGCUCUGGUUUGCAAUCCUAAAAUUCUUCUUCUUGAUGAGGCAACAUCAGCUUUGGAUACU